AUGCUAGCACUUAAUGUGUUCUCCCUUGUUUGUAUUUUUUAUUGUUGCAAGUCCGUCUAUGAUCUUUAAAUGAAUCUCAAUAAACUUACUCCUGAACAAAGGGAUGACUGUCUACCCUAUGUUGGCUGGAAACAAAGCUUUUUAUGCCACUUGAUAUUUUUCUUUCUAUGCAUCUCAUUUUCAGUUGGUACAGCUCGCAACUAUGUUGAAGAGAACUAAACUCAAAGGCAGAGAGAGGCAUUAAACGAACUACUACCUCCAAGCUAAAGGAUUAUUUCUCUUAGAUUCGAUAAAAUGGUAUAGAGCUCAGUUGAUGUAAUGAAGGGCUUUUGCCUUUUGUUCUGCGGGCCAUUCUUAUUUGUAGAGUGUCUGAUAACAAUGAUAUUCUAUUCUAAAAUAGUUAAUGACUGUACUUAGAUUUAUGAUCCAUUCACAAAUAUAUUGAUUUACGUUCUGAUAGUUAUCACUAUUGCAUCCAUAUCAUUUUUUACUAUAUUAAUUCUGGGAUUAAUUCUAUGCUUCAAAAAAAUAAAGGAAAAUUGGUCUGAACUUAUAAGUUAUCGGGAAUAGCCAUCAUAGAUCGAGGAUAAUGAUAGUCAAAAUGUUGAUUAGAGUAUUAGGCGAGAUAGUAAUGCUUUAAACAACAGAGUCAGUAUCAAUAACUAUGAUCAUUUGGAUUAUGAAAGAGAUGAUUUUGAAUAUCACCAUACCCAUGCAUAUUUUGAUAGUGAUAGCUUUGAUGAUGAAGAAUAUAGAAAUGAAUUAGAGAAUGAUGAGAUAGUCGAGGAUUUGAAUAAUAACAGAAGUAAUCAAGAUUAUAUUGAUGAAAAUAAAUAUGAAAGAGCAAAUUUUGAUGAAAAUGAUAACUCUGACGAAGAAGACAAUGAAGCAUAAAUUUAGUAGAAUUCUCUUCAAAUUUAUCGAAAUAGGCCGUUCUUGCAUUACAUUCAUAAUAUUGAACCUAAUAGCAGCACUAAUAAUAACAGACGAUGGACUUAGAAUGAGAUUAAUUAGCAGCAAUUAAUAGAGUAAUCUACAGAAAUUACUCAACACUAUGAAAGUGAUGAUGCAGACGAUGAAGAAGAUCCUUAUCAAUAGAUGAAUCGUAGAAAGAGUGAGUUUUUGUAGAAACACAUAUUUAAUUCAAGAAUCAACUGA